AUGACGACUAGUAAAGGAGAGGAGCACAUAGUGACCACUACCGUGUCUCCUUCAUCACCCAUCGUGAUGGAUGGGAGCGAGCAAAGCAACUAUAGCGAUGGUUUCAAGAAAGGAGUCAUGCGAAAGAUUGAUUUCUGGUUAGUUGGUUUCUACUCCGUCGUCUACGUCUUUCGUGUCAUCGACUCUGGCAACUAUUCCAACGCCGCCAUAAUCAACUUAGAAGAAGGCAGCGGAAUCAAGAAAGAGCUCGGUUUCAGUCCAUCUCAGUGGUCCUGGACCCUCUCGAUCUUCUCGUACAGCUACCUCUUUUUCGAACCGUCUAACACGAUCUUCCUCAAAACCUUCACCCCUUCGCGGUGGAUGUUCGUCCUCAUUCUUUCCUGGGGAAUCUGCGCUUGCUCGGUGGGCGCCGCCCAGGACUUCCCGGGCAUGAUGUGCGUGCGAUUUGCAAUUGGGAUGGCUGAGGCGGGCUUCUAUCCGUCCGUGCUAUACCAUAUGGCAUUCUGGUAUAAACCCAGCGAGAUGCUCUGGAGAAUUUCUCUUUUUUACUCCCUGGGCCAGGUGUCGAGCGCGUUGAGUGGGCUGCUUGCAUAUGCGAUCAGCUUCAUGAACGGCGUGAGUGGGCUGUCGGGAUGGCGAUGGCUCUUCAUCCUCGAGGGUCUCCCGGCCAUCGUACUCUCUGUCAUCGCUCUGCUUGGUCUUCCUGAUUAUCCUGAGACGGCUCGCAUGUUGAGCGAGGAAGAGCGCAAGUAUUUAACCGGUCGGUUGUCGGAUUCGGCGCCAUCGGGCAAAGACAAAAGCUGGGACUGGCAAGCGAUCAGGGAUCUAUUCUCCAGUCCUACUGUCUAUACCUUCUCCGUCUAUUGGAUUGGCCAUGGAAUCGGCGGUUUCGGCGUCAACUAUGCCUUGCCGACCGUGAUCUACGAGCUGGGCUUCACCACGACUGCGUAUUCGCAAUUGAUGAACAUUCCUCCCUACGUCGCAUGUUUUAUCUUCUUGAACAUCCUCGGAGUCCUGCUGCACAAAAGAAGAAUCAGGCCGUGGACCACGGCGGUUGCGAUCGAGAGCACCAUCAUAGUCUGCUACAUCGUCCUCAUCACGGUCUCCAAUUCAAUCGUCAAAUAUCACGCGCUCAUUGUCGCCACUGCAUGCGCCGGGUCUGCCUAUCCGGUCAUUUGGCCGGAGCGCAUUCGUGCCCUAGAUGGCACGGUGGCUUCCGGAAUCGGCAUUGGGUAUACCAAUGCACUGGCUCAGUUCAGUGGGAUUGCCGGUCCUCAUAUCUACAGCACGGUCUUUGGACCGACAUAUCGUGUUUCAUAUGUCAUCUGUCUAUGCUUCCUUUGCGCCGCCAUCUCAGGCAUUUUGGCUUCGUGGUGGCUGGUGUGGCGGAAGGAUCGCCGGGAAGAGAGGAGAUCUGGGCCAGUGUGA